CGGGAACAAUGAAAAUGUUCCCAUAAAAACCGGCAAUAAUUUGCCUUUGCGUUAUAUUCCUCUCAAUACUCCCAUUCACAAUGUAGAAUUAAAAAAAGGGAAAGGAGGACAAAUAGCACGAGGAGCAGGGACUUAUGCGGAAAUUAUCGGUAAAGAGGAAAAUAGUAAAUAUGUGUUAGUGAAACUUCCUUCCAAGGAAGUGAGAAAAGUAUUAGCUGAUUGUCGGGCAACUAUCGGCAAAGUAGGCAAUAGCGAAGCCAAUUUGGUUCGUUUAGGCAAAGCCGGACGGAGCCGGUGA